UGAAGAAGGUGAGUGAGCAUCCUUGGCUGCCACCGGAAGUGCUGCUGCUGGCAGGUGGAGAAGGGUUGUGGUGGCAGUGCAUCUGUGCUGCAGCUGCAGGAAGUGGUCCUCCGGAUGCUGAGUGGGGGAGCUGUUUCCCACACAGGGAGUGGCUCUCCUGUGGGCUGCUUCGCAUCUGCUCCUCCAUUGGAAGCCCAUAGAGUCAGCAGCAGAAGAAAGAAGCAAAGGCCUUCCGGGGCAGGAGGGCCCUUCCAGGAACCCAAAGGUAAUGGCGGCAGAGGAGGCAGAAGAGCAGCAGCGCAAAAGAGGCUGGGACCCUGGGCGGAGUUUCCGGCUGGGUGCGGCUGCCAACUUUUUCUCCACGCUAGCCACCUUCCCACUGCACAAGACCAUGUUCCGCCAGCAGUUGCACGCUGCCUCAAUCAGUGAAGCUGGGCGCCAACUGCACCAGGAGGGCUUGCGCCAAUUCUGCCGCGGGCUCCUCCCACCGCUUUUGGCCAAGACCCUACAAGGCACCCUCCUAUUUGGCUCCUACGAGGCCUUCCUCCACUUCCUCUUCCCCAGUUGCCCCUCAGGGGGUCACUCUUUGGGGCAGCAAGCCACAGCAGGGCUACUCUCAGGCUUUUCAGAGGGCCUAGUCCUGGGUCCCUUCGAGAGGGUCCAGAACGUGCUGCAGGAUGGGCAGAAGGCCCACCGCUUCCCCACCGCCAGGAGCAUCCUGGAGGAGUUCCGCUCCUAUGAAGGCCUGCGGGAGAGGUUGGCACUGGGCUACUAUCGAGGCCUGGGCCUCAUCCUGCUCCGUAAUGGCCUUGGCAGCGCUUUGUACUUCUCCGCUAAGGAUCCGCUGCGUGACCAGCUCCGUGAGAAAGGCCUCCCUGCCCAACUGCCCGCACUCCUCUCCGGAUGCAUCACUGGCACAGUCAUCGGCCUCCUGCUCUACCCGUUGGGUGUUCUCAUUGCCAAUGUCCAGGCCCAAGUGGGCAGUGGGGAGGCCUUGGGGAUGCGGGGCACACUGGAUGCCAUCUGGGGGGCACGAGGUGGGAGAGCGGCCCUCCUCUACCGGGGGGCGCCCCUCCUGGUAUUGCGCUCGGGCCUCAGCUGGGGCCUCACCACCGCCAUGCACGACUUCCUGCAGGACAUCACAUAGCGGUCCUGCGAGGAAGGCUCUAGAGUGCUUUUGGACGAAGGGUAUCCAAACUUUCCUUUCCCCUCAAAGCAUAAAGGACCUGGGGCUUCUCUCCUUAGGACACUCUGGAUAUGAGGGAGCAUCUUCUUCCCACUGAAUGCAACACCACCAAAAGGAGGGACAUGGCUGCAAAGGAGCAGACGGCAAUGUGCUCCCUUUUGCAAUCUUUUGAGGGGAGAUGAGAACAAGACUUUGAAUGAUUGGCGACGGCUAAAGAAUAGGGGCUGGCUUUCCUUGUGAAAAUAGAUCCAAAUAGAGUCCAGGCAUGAGCAAACUUCAACCCUCCAGAUGUUUUGGACUUCAACUCCCACAAUAAUUCCAAACAGCUGGUAAGCUGGCUGGGAUUUCUGGGAGUUGAAGGUCAAAACAUCUGGAGGGUCAAAAUCUGCCAAGUGCCUGAAAUAGACCCUAAACUGGUGAUGGUCUUCUGGAGGUUGCUUGACUUCAGCAAUAGCUCUGAAUGUACAACGGGGCAUCUCUUUCCACUAAAGAGAGGUUAAGGUUUUGCUUGGGAUAAUAUAAUUGGACUGCUCAUGGAAAUAAUCUCCUUUCUCCUUUGCCUUUGACUCUUGUGAUAAACUCAGGUUCAAUGUAUUGUUGAAUGCUUUCAUGGCCAGAAACACUGCGUGGCUGUGAAUUUUCCAGGCUGUUUGACCAUGUUCCAGAAGCAUUUU